CACGAGUUGGUUGCAGCAUCAUGCAUGCACAAAGGAGUCACCUGUAGACCUACACACCUAGCACUUACCUCACCAACCUGCUCACUGACCUCGACCACGAUUGCAGUAUGACUACCAAGACUGCGACCCUUAAUACAGGGGCCGAGAUCCCUCUCGUCGGGCUCGGCUGCUGGAUGCUCAAACGAGUCGAAGCCGACAAUCCUGCCACGUACCAGAUGGUCCGUGACGCCUUGGACGUGGGGUACCGACAUCUCGAUACGGCCGAUGGAUACGGAAACGAACAAGCGGUCGGGAAAGCCGUUAGAGAUAGCGGUGUUCCUCGAAAAGACAUCUUUGUUACGACCAAGCUCAACAAUCUAGACCACGGCGACGUCAAAGCGGGAUUCGAACGAAACCUCAAAGCGUUGGACAUCGAAUACAUCGAUCUCUACCUCAUGCACUGGCCCCAAGCCGUCGACCCAGAGACUGGCAAAACGGUACCUUUCGGAGCUUCACCUACGUUCGUCGAGACCUGGAAGCAGAUGGAGCAGUUGAUCGGAGACGGUCGAUGCAAAGCGAUCGGAGUGUCCAACUUUUCGGUUAGGAAUUUGGAAACCUUACUGGCAGAGGCCAAGAUCGUUCCUGCUGUCAACCAGGUCGAAGCCCAUCCGUACUUGCCCCAGCAGGGACUUGACAAGCUCUGUCGAGAAAAGGGGAUUCACAUGACCGCUUACUCGCCUCUGGGUCGUCCCACCGCCGAUAAACCAUCACCGUUGAUGUCGGACGCAUUGGUGACCAAGUUGAGCGAGAAAUACGACAAGACCCCUGGAGCUGUUCUUCUCAGUUGGCUCGUUCAGCGUGGAAAUUGGAGCGUGGUCCCCAAGUCUGCCAACCCGGAGAGGAUGAAGGCGAAUCUCGACAUCUUUGAGCUUGAGACGGCCGACUUUGACGCGCUGAGCAAGGUACAUACCGAGCCUGGCAAGUUGCGUCACUUGCUCAAGUACGAUCAGCCCGAAGACGUCAUGAAAAGCAAAAAGGUGUUCGAAUGGUCGCUCCAGGACAUGGGUUGGGAGCAGAUGGAUUGAGGGAAUCGAUCCUUUCACGUUGAAAUCCUGUGCUUGCCGUUGAUCAUGUGAGAAAAGUCUACGUCUUAUCGAACCGUUGUAUAUGAUAUAUGAGGAUAGUUUGGACGUGUGAUGAAUCUCCGAUCUCGUUCU